AUGGGUCUCAUGCACAGGACUCUGCCGCUGGCCAGCAGUAUCUUCCUUCUGUUUCUUGGAGGUGUCCUGUCGUCAGAAGCAGAGAGAAGGUUGUUUGCAAAACUCUUCAGCAACUACAACCCGAACAUCCGGCCGGUGGAGAACCUGUCUCACGUGGUUGAGGUCCAGUUUGAGGUGUCCCUAUCUCAGUUGAUCAAUGUGGACGAAAUCAAUCAAAUUAUGGAGACCAAUGUUUGGCUGAAACAUAUCUGGAAUGAUUAUAAGCUAAGGUGGGAUCCUGCUGAAUAUGGAGGUGCCCAGCUUAUUCGAGUUCCUUCUGAGAGAGUCUGGAAACCAGACAUUGUCUUGUACAACAAUGUAGUCGCUGAUUUCCAAGUGGAUGAAAAGACUAAAGUCUUGGUGAAGUUUGAUGGCAACAUGACCUGGACAUCACCAGCCAUAUUCAAGAGCUCCUGCAGGAUGGAUUUGACUUAUUUCCCCUUCGAUUACCAGAAUUGCAGCAUGAAGUUUGGCUCCUGGACCCAUGACAAAGACAAAAUCGACUUGGUCUUGAUCGGCAACGAGAUCAACAGGUUGGACCUCUGGGAAAGUGGUGAAUGGGCAAUCAUCACUGCACCAGGGUACAGACACGAAAUCAAGUACAAUUGCUGUGCAGAGAUAUACACAGACAUAACCUAUUCUAUUUAUAUUAGGCGAAUGCCUCUGUUCUACACUAUCAACAUUAUCAUCCCUUGCCUGAUUAUCUCUUUUCUGACAAUUUUGGUUUUCUACCUGCCCUCUGACUGUGGAGAAAAGGUAACUUUAAGUGUUUCAGUCCUGCUUUCCCUCACAGUGUUUCUCCUGGUCAUCACUGAGAGCAUACCAUCCACUUCCCUGGUGAUCCCUCUAAUUGGAGAAUAUCUGCUCUUCACCAUGAUCUUCGUGAUUCUAUCAAUUGUUAUAACUGUUUUUGUGCUCAACAUCCAUUAUAGAACCCCCACGACCCACACCAUGCCAGUCUGGGUGAAAACCAUCUUCUUAAAGCUGCUGCCACGAAUUCUGUUCAUGUCAAGACCCACAACCAGUUGCGAGGCUCAGAAGAUUCCGACACCCAAGUUUCUGGACAGCAGUACCGAGCUCACCAGUAUCAACAGUUUCGGCAAAUGCUCCAAAACCAAAUGCUCAGGAAAUGGUUUCUACUGCCAGGACCCACAGUGUACUUGCUGCAGAUUCCGUAAGAUGAAGGACCUGGACUCAGGCGUGAGUUCGAAACAAAGCUCGAGCGCAGAGACCCUGGACUCCCUGCUCGCAAUCUCAGCCUUGCCCGCUGAAAUUCGAGAAGCCAUUGAAAGCGUUACUUACAUUGCAGAAGUUACGAAGCUGCAGAAUGAGUCCAAGGAGAUAGAGGAUGAUUGGAAGUACGUUGCUAUGGUGAUCGAUCGGCUCUUCCUCUGGAUCUUUAUCCUGGUAUGCAUCCUGGGAACAAGCAGCUCUUUCCUACAGCCAUUGUUGUCAACAGAUGAGUUGUGA